AUGUUUGGAAAUCUAUUUCAAGAAGAGGACACUUACCUGAGUAGCCAACAAAUACCAACCCCCGAUUCGGUUGGAGAUAAAUCUGGUGGAUGGGAUGCACCUCCCCAACCGAGGGACUCAUGCCGUCUGGCAGGUCUCUGGAAUCAAGGGGCCACGUGCUACCUAAACUCUCUUUUACAAACCCUGUUUUUGACACCAGAAUUUCGGGAAAACCUCUUCCAACUAACAGAGAAAGAACUUGGUGAUCUAAGCAAGAAGAACGAUCCAGAGGCUAAGGUGCGAGUUAUCCCACUUCAGCUGCAGCGUCUCUUCACUCAACUGCUCUUCUCCAACAGGCACAGCAUCUCCACUGCAGAACUCACUGAGAGCUUUGGAUGGACCAAUAAUGAGGAACUUCAGCAACAUGAUGUUCAGGAAUUAAAUCGGAUCCUUUUCAGUGCCAUUGAGGACUCUUUGAUUGGGACAUUAGGACAAAAUCUUAUCCACAAGCUCUACCAUGGACAAGUGGUCAAUCAGAUCAUUUGUUCAGAAUGUGGAAAAAUUAGUGAAAGACAGGAAGAUUUUGUGGAUAUUCCCCUUACUGUGACAAAAGAAUCAAGUAGCUUAGAGCUUGGUCUUGGAAUUCUCUACUGUGAAAUGGAAACCAUGGAUGGUAACAACAAGUAUUACUGUGAACAGUGUCAGAAAUUGGUCACUGCAAAAAAAGGUGCCAAAUUACGUUCUCUGCCUCCAAUUCUUAGUUUUUCCCUUCUCAGAUUCAGCUAUGAUUUUAAAAGAAUGGAUCGUUUCAAAGAAACUGGAAAGUUUGCAUUUCCGAAAUCUGUAGAUAUGUCUGCAUUCACAGAAAAUACUCUUCCUGGUUGUGACUGCGAGUAUGAACUGUUUUCUGUUGUUAUUCACCGCGGUGGCACACAUGGUGGACACUACCACGCCUACAUCAGAGACAUUGAUGGUUUAGGUAAUUGGAUUGAACCGUGUCGAGAGCUUGUACUUCAUCAGUCAGCCAAACCUGUGCCUCUGAUUAGUAUACCAAAUAAGGAGAAAGAAUAUAAGACUCAAUUUGAGUCUCUAGAGACUGACAAUCCCUGUGAAUUGCUUGCUGCCACACUGGCCAAGGCUGACAAUUACACCCUUUCACUUGACAAACUCUGUAUGGAUUUUGUUAAACACACUGGAGUAUCAUGGAACAAACGCUUCAAAAAACAGCACGGGCCCAUUACUCAGUUCCUGUCUCGCCAUCCAGAGAAAUUUGUCUUGACAUCAGAUUCUUGUGUUUGUCUGUUGAACAGUCCAACUUCCAAUACUGAGACAUUGUCAAGUCACAAUGAAUUUGACUUACAGAAUGGCAGUCCUGAAGAGCUUGAUAUUCCUGACAAAAGACAAGGAGGUGAUAGUGGGAGUCUUAUUGGUGGCAGAUGGUUUGAUUUUGAUGAUUCGGAUGUCAAGCCUAUCUCAGAGUCAGACUUGGAGAAACAAUUCAUGGGCAAGGAAAGUGCUUAUAUGUUGUUCUACAGAAAGAAAAUGCUACAGCGACCCCAAACCGCUUGGUGCAAUCCUGCCUAUAACGUUCCUGACCACUUGCUGGCCCAAGUGUUGGCUGAAAACCAAAAACUGGAGGAAGAUAGGGCUACUUAUGAUCGUAAUGUAAACCAAGUCACUCUGCAAAUUCACUUCUCUUACAAUUAUGACUACCGAGAAGGUGCCUUACAUCCUCGUAAAGAUGAACGUUGCUUUAUUCCACUAAAUAUCGACAAACGAAAAUCAAUUGCCGAAUUGAAAACAGCCAUUAGUGAGUUGGAUACCAAUAAAUUGCUGAAAACAAACUUCCAUAUUCAUCACUUGAAGAAACUCUUUGCUGGGGGACAUUUGUAUGACCAUUUAACAGAGGAUGAAACUCAACAUAUCAAAGACUUACCUAUAAAAGAUGACACAAAGCUAUUUAUCUGGGAUGGAAAGAAGGUUCAGGACAAAGAAGUUCCCGUGGGAGCUGCCAGUGAACCAAUCCUGCUGACUGUGAUAUAUGGAAACCCACUGCAGUUUACCCAUGCCUUUGCCAAAUCCUUGACUUUUGCUCUUUUCACAGCAGCAGUCAGUCAACAUGUUGGCAUUCCAGUCGAAAGAAUUUCUAUGAAGAAACUUCAUAUGUCAGGAUCAGAAACAAAGGCAAUGGACAUAAUCUGUAGAAAUCCUAAUCAGACCCUCACAGAUUUGGGUCUGUUGGAUGGAGACCAGCUGGUUGUCGAAGAUAACUCCAGCUUUGGGACAAGCUUAACUGAGUGGACAAUAGCCAAGAGAAAUAAACUAUUUGUUGUUGUAGAAAACAGGUGUAUACAAACUUCAACUGAAGAUGUUUUCCCUUCUGUGGUAGUAGAAACAGACAAAGACAUGUUGGUGUCAAAGGUGAAAGCCAUUGCAAUUGAAAAAUAUGGACUUGAGAACAUUCCAGGGGGAGGACGUCUAUCUAUUGAAAAAGAUGGAUCCACUCACAAACUUCCCUUAUGGGAACAUGAAAAAGUGCAUAAUUUAACAUUGGGUACUGAUCAUUUGCUUUAUCUAGAAGCCAAACAGCCAUUACAGCAGAAUCAAAUAACUGUAUUUGUGAGUUUUGUUGCCAAUCCAAAGUUGACCGUUUCAGACCUGGAGGUGACACUGAAUCAAGGCUCAACUGUUGCAGACUGCAUGGCAUACAUCUCAUCACAAUGGAAUGAUUUCUUGCCUGAAGAUGGUUGGCAUUUACGGAAGACAACUUGGUGUGAUCUUCCUGAUGACCUUUUGGAUCAGUUGUCGGCAACAUUAGAGGAUUGCCAAGUCAGUCAUGGUGACAAGUUGCUAUGUGAAGAUGGCAAGUUACCACCAAAGGGGUUUGUACAUAUCUCAGUGUGGCUGUUCCCAACUUAUAUCAGUGAGGAAACAACUAUGUUGUCUUGGAUCACCAGUAAGUUCCAAACUCUUUGGAAUGGCACUGAAUCUGUUUCAAAGAAAGAGCCACUCAAUGUUGGCACUAUAGAAAUCAGCAAACAAGCCAGUUUGGAAGAACUGAAGAGCCAAGUGCUGGCUUUACCCUAUUUUAGUGAACAAGGCGUGUCAAGUAUUCACCUGCUUCGACUCAGGCUAAUGGAGAACAAAAGACUCACUACUGUACUCAAGGGGCUCAACAACUCCCUCCAAAAAUUAAAGCUGAAGACCUCUUGUCAAAUUGCAGUGCAGAUUUUGGCUUCUGAAGAAAAUUUACGGAGUGAAGAACUAAUCCUGACAGUACAACAGCGUGUGUGUGACAAGCGUGAAUACAAAGAACCUGUAGAAGUUAUCUGGGACACUUCACAGGGGACAUCAAUCUCUGAUUUAGAGAAAACAGUGUCAAGUCAACUAAUCAUCCCUGUGGAGAAUAUGAUGUUGGCCAAGCACUUUCCCUCUCGAUGUGAAUGGCUCAUCUUGAAUGAGCAACCUCUUCAAAAUAACAAGAAAACACAAACAGCUCGUUCAAAGCGGAAGAGUCAGCAAAAACCUAAUAUCCAAUCUGCUCCCUUUUUUAUUUCUGAUGGAGACGUAAUUGGUGCCAAGAAUAUUCUGGAAGAACCAAAUGACAUGAAUGAUUUUGCUACAGAAGACGAUGACCUGAAAAGAAAAGAAUUCUUGAAGCCAAUUCAACCCAAACUUAAGGAAUCACAGUCAGACCCAUCCAAUGUGCAAUCUGAAACCAAAGACAAGUCCCCUGUGAAUGAGGGCCGCAAAACACGUCCAGAAGUUGGUCUGACCAUCAAAGUAGACAAAUUCACGUAG